UUUUUUUGUUAAUCGGCAAUACACAUUGUUUGCGAGAGGAAACAACACGCUAUCUUAUUUAAAAACAAAGAGCCCGCACCUCGUUCCCUUUCCGGAUUUGGGGAAACUACGAUCGCGUCUUUUUUGGGGGAUCAGACUGAGAUGUUUUGAAUAAAGGAUAGUGAACUCUGCAGUAUUUUGAUGUGAUGUUGCUCAGCCACUGGGGCUCCGAUGAGAUCGCUUAUCACCGCUCAGCGCCAUCAACGAGAUCCCGGUAGUCCAUGAGGGCAUCGCGCGUCCCCUCAGGUGCUUUUACGCAGAGAGCUCACAGCGUAACGGAGCUUUGGGAGGAGGCGGACGAUGGUCGCCGAGAUGGCGAGCUACGGAGCGGCCUGCCAGCUGGAGGAUGGAGAUGGAGAUAUCCCUGCGCCAGAUCGUAAAGAUAAUCAAACAGAAAGUGACAGUAGCAGUUCAGAUACCACUGGAACAUCCACUGAGGAGAGCUCAGAGGAGGACGAGGACGAAGAAGAGGAGGAUUCUGCAGGGCGCUGUGCUGAUGGGGAGGGGGAAGACGAUGAAGAGGUCAAUGCAGGGGAGUCUCAAAAUGGGGGAGUCGAUGGACCUGGAGCAGCUGCUGUCAACGGGGCUGAUGACAGGCUAAAAUUCAGCUGUGAAAAAUGCAAAGCCGCUCAGCAGACCCAUGGCAAUGAGCUGGUGACCCCCCGCAGGAUCUCAAGGGGACGACUACAGGUGCAGCUGGAAGGAGAGGGGACGUACGAGUGUGCGGUCACCGGCCUGGUCUUCGAAGCCACCGAGCGCGUCCUGGUGCGGUACUCGGUCUUGUCUUGGUCCAAGUUCGGAGCGUUCCUGUGCGACUCCUGGAAAUUCGCCGGGCCCAUUUUCAACGUGGACACAGUCAACAAGGAGGCCUCCGUCCUCAAGUCCAUCCAGUUCCCCCACUGCGUGUGCCUGGCUCAUCCAGAAGAAGACUUGAAAUUCAGCGUCCUGCACAUAAAGGAUAACCGUCCACUCAUCGAGCCCACAGCGGACCACUCGGGGAGCCACGUGAAGUGGAAUGUGACCUCCCUGUCCCCGGUGGGUCCCAUCAUUCAGACCAGUCAGGCGGUGGAGCGCCACGGUGUGGUUCUGGUCUAUAAGCAGCUGGGUGGGGACACCAACAGCUACAGCUUCCACGUCUACCUGGCAACCAACAGCGCCUCUGACAUUAAGGAUAUAGGCAAACAGGUGCGUGCCUACAAGAAUCGUUACAUUAAGAUAGAUAAACCUCCCACAUGUAAACUGGAUGAGGGGACAUAUCGUCUCCUCAGUGAGCCGGAAGGAGAAAUCAAACCUCAGGAUUUGAAGUUCACCUUGGCAGUGACCAAGAUGAAAGGGUACUUUGAAGCUUUCUUCGAGCAACCUCCUCCUUUUAAAUUGUCUCUAAUAGAGAUCAACACUGAAGAGAGCGUGUGGUCCGCCACCAUUAGAGAAGGUGACUGUGUGGAUAACACGGAAAAGAAGCCAAGAAAGACGACAAUCUCAGGCAGAAAGAGGAGCAGCAGCCCAUCGGAGGAAGAAAUGGGCUUUAAAAGACCCCGGUGGCAGGACGAGUCAGAUGGCGUGAAAGCUCAGGACCAGGAUAUGUCAGAGAAGCAGCUACUGCAGGUGGCAAAGAAGCUCGGACACGAGUGGAAGCAGGUGGCCAUCUGCCUGGACUUGAACUUCAAGGAGCUGGAGGACAUCCAGGCAGCGGAGAAAGAUGUGACCAUGCAGAAGCUGAAGAUGCUGGUGAGCUGGAAGAGCAGAAGGCCGCCGGGAGAGGCAACAGCAUACCACUUAAAGAAGAGUGUGGAGGAACUGGAUGACCUACCAAAUGAGGUUCAUCAGACACUGCAAGAUAUAAUCAACUAUUGUAAAGGGAAGUGAAUGGGAUGAACUGUUGGACAUCUAUCGCACCAUUAAAUGGAAGCAACAACUCUCAAGGGGUCGGAAAAGCAGACUGGACCUGUCGGCCAAACUUCAGCUAUUCUCUCAGUUUGCGCCCUCAGACUUGAAUGGAUGGGCAUUAAUGGCUAAGUAUAGCCAGUUGGGGUCCUUUGAUUCUGUAGCAAGUACAGAUUGUGAAAGCUACGUGGAAUUUCAUUUCUGUGUGAGCAGGUUUAAGAAUAACUUGUCGAGUUGACAGAAUUGUUUCGCAGCUAAUUAUGUAGCAGGUGACCAAUGUAAAGGCAGGUGCUGCAAAUGCAUUAAUCAGGAAAAAACCAGUCCAUGUAUAUUGUUUCACUUUUAGAUAUUAUGUUUUGGGAAAGUUUUUACAUAAAAAAAAUUAGAUGCAGGGUCACAUGUGUGUGACUGUCAAAGUUUUACGGACUGAAUUAUGGAACUUUAUGGGUGUCUAUAUUGACCUGCACAUUUUUUUAAAAACAAACUUUCUCAGACUUAUAGUUUUAUUUUUUUAAGUCAUUGAUGUCUGUUUUUGUCUGUCUGUGCUUUAUUUGAUAAUUAUGACUCUGUAAAAGUAAAUGAUCUUGCAAGGAGUCCAAAAUUUUGUUUGUAUAGUUGAACUUGAACCAGGGCUUUCUGAGACCAAAACGCACAGCUUGUGGUUGUAAAUAUUAAACUGCGUUUUGUAUGUUUCAGAUAGGUCCGCUGUAAAAAUAAGAUCCACUUUUGGCUUCAAAGCUACAUUUUUCUAUAUUUGUUUAUGCUGUGUACAAGAGAGAAGUAUCUUUUCAAUGCUUAUUUUUCAGACGUAUAAAUGUUAAGAUUUGAUAAAGAAACUCACGGUUUGACAUAAUAAUGUUCUGGGACAUGUCAACACUAUUUUGGGGAAAAUGACAUAAUAAUAUCCAGAACACUGAAACAUUUAGGUUUUUCCCCUGUGGAUAUUAUGUUUACAUCCAGAAGCAGUUAGCUGACUGAAAGAGUUUACUACCAAUGGUUUUGUCCGUCCCUUUUGCUCUCGGUUUUGUCAGGGCGUUUUCCCUCCAAAGACUUCUGGAAAUGAAGCAAAGUCAACUGUGGACUGAAUAAAACAGUAUAAAAUGUCC